AGAAGAAGUUCAUUUAAUUCAUUGGAUAAUUAAUUGCUUAUUUUCUUUUUUCGGGACCUGUUUGAAGGAAAGCAUAAAAUUGAAUGUGUCUUUCUCGUCCCUUCGGCUUCACAAAAAAAAAGCCCAAUGUUUGUUCAUACUUUAUGUUGCUGAAUCAAAAUCUGAAGAAGGGAAAUUUUUGUCGGUGUUUCUUUUGGCGUGGGUGUGAGAAGAAGUGGUUCAAUAGCAAUCCAAGGAUGAAUUGGUGUAUAGGCAUGUCUGCUAUGUCAACAUCUAAGGAAUCAAAGCCCUCUGCGUAGAAAGUGUUGGCCUCGAGUGCAGUGGAUCGACAGAUAAGGGAAGACGCCUUUGAUCGUCGCCUGUAUGAACGCGGAGCUGUAUAAUUUUGCCAUGACUUUGAUUGAAUUGGGCGCCAACGUCAAUGCAUACCACCCCGGCAGAAAAUUCUUUGCUAUCGUUCUCAAUGCAGCCAAUGUAACCUGGUGCAGGGACAGUUUUGUGGAGAUUGUUAUGUACAUUAGAUAUGGGGAACAUGUGCUGGAAGCCCGGCAAAAUUCAAACUGGCUAUGUCCAGUUUGUCGCGGAAUAUGCAAUUGUAGUUUGUGCCGGCAAGCAAAAGGGUGGCCUCCCACCGGUCCUCUUUAUAAGAAGGUAUCCAAACUGGGGUUUAAGUCCGCAGCACAUUACCUAAUUGAGACCCACCGAUUGCAAGCGGAGUAAGAAACUUCAGACUCUCUUGUUCAUGCUUCUGCACAGAGGUUGCUGCCCUUCUCAGACAUGGCAACAGUGGCGAAUGUAUCUCCCGUGCAUACUGAUGAUGACGCCAUUGCAUUGUCAAAGUCCGAGUCUGAUCCUAGAGUGGUACAAGAAAAUUCCGCUGGUCACGCAUCUGUGAAAAGGUCUUUGCCCUUUUCUGGCAAGGAAGCACAUGUUCAACGUGUUGAUGAUUUAUGUUCUGCUGAACAUAAGGAAAGUUGUGGACUGUCUAAGCCCAAAUGCGAACAAGGAAUAGAACAUGGUGUCAAAGAUCUCAAUGUGGGAUUGCACCAAAGAAG